CAACAAAAGAAAAACCAUGUAAGAAAGCAAAAGCUUGAGCGAGAAGCAUCAUAGUUGAUGGAAAAGAAAGGUCUGGUAUUGUCUCCAGCAUGUAUAUAUGUCAUUCCUCAUCCAUGCUUCCACCCAUACCCCCAUGCAAAUAUAAAAGGCCUGCAAUUAUAUCCUCUGAAAUCCCCCCGCCCCUGCCUCCGAUCUUCUCCUACUUUCAAACCCUAAUUCCAAAUUAAUCCCAAAAUCCAAGCAAACAAAAGAGAUACCUUGUUUGUUUUUGUUUCUUCUUUCGAAAGCUAUGAGAGUCCCGGUUUCUUCUCCACAAAGCAACCAUUGUCAAAGCCCUAAACCUAACAACAAUAAUACUGGUACUACUACUACUACUAAUAGUAAUAGUAAUAGUAAUAGUACAGCUAGGAACAUAAGUUUCCACGGGGUUAACAGUGUGCCAAACUCGUGCUAUGAGCCAACUUCGGUUCUUGAUCUUCGUCGAAGCCCAAGUCCCGCGCCCAAAAAGUCGACAUCUAAUCCGGCCGAUGUUUCUAAUUGUAUGGUGGUAUCCGAUCCUCCACCUCAUCACCGUCAUGCGCCUGUUGAGUGGGACGAGCAUGUGCUACGAAACAUGGAUUGGGAUUCCAUCAUGAAAGAUUUGGGAUUAGAUGACGAAUCAGUACCGCCUAUCAAAACUAUUCCUCCUCAAGCUAUUACUCCUUCCUGCGUGAAUCAUAUCCAGAACCUUCCCGAGUUCACCUCCUGCGAGUUUACUCCUCACUCUGAGUUUAACAAUCUUUACGAUUUUUAUUCGGGUUUAAAUCAAAACCCAUCUCAUAAAAGUAAUUUUACUGCUGGUACUAACACUAAUAGCUACCUUGAUAUGUCUACUAGUAGUGGUUUUCAUAAUAUUGGCAAUUUCAAUUUGGGGUUUGAUUUUAUAGAAGAGUUGGUAAGAGCCGCGGAUUGUUUCGAAACCCACGAAUUGCAACUGGCGCAGGUGAUAUUGGCGCGGAUCAGUCAGCGGCUGCGAUCUCCGUCAGGGAAGCCGUUACAGAGAGCCGCUUUUUACUUCAAGGAAGCCCUCCAGUCUCUGCUCUCCGGAUCAACUCGGUCAACUCGUUUGUCUUCAUGGAAUGAAAUCGUUCAAACCAUCAAAGCCUACAAGGCCUUCUCUGGGAUCAACCCUAUCCCCAUGUUCAGCCAAUUCACGACCAAUCAAGCUCUCCUGGAAUCCCUGGAUGGACCGGCACCGUUGAUUCACAUAAUUGAUUUCGACAUCGGAUUGGGAGUCCAAUACGCUUCUUUGAUGAGAGAAAUGGCCGAAAGAAGCGAUCACUUUUGCAAGUUCAUUCGUAUAACUGCGGUGGUUCCUGAGGAAUAUGCAAUUGAGACGAGGCUUAUUAAAGACAACCUUGUUCAGUUCGCUCAAGACCUUAAGUUAAGGUUCCAGAUUGAGUUCGUUCUUCUUCGAAGCUUUGAAAUGCUGUCGUUUAAAGCUUUUAAGUUCAUCGACGGAGAGAAAACGGCGAUCCUCUUGUCUCCGUCUAUAUUCCGAAGUCUCAGCUUAGACGUGACACCGUUCUUGAGUGAUCUCCGGAGGGUUCACCCGAGCAUCGUCGUGUUUGUAGACAGUGAGGUGUGGAUGGAGUCUGGGACGACAUCGUUUAGAAAGAAUUUUGUCAACAGUUUGGAGUUCUAUGCCAUGAUGUUCGAGUCAUUGGAUGCGGCGGUGGCGAACGAGGAAUGGGUAAGGAAGAUUGAGGCGUUGUUGUUGCGGCCGAGGAUAUUGGCGGCCGUAGAGACAGCGGCGAGGAGUACUGCGCCUCCAUGGAGGGAGAGGUUUCGUGGGGCGGGGAUGAGGGCGGUGCAGUUGAGUCAGUUGGCGGAGUUUCAAGCAGAGUGUUUGUUAGGGAGGGUCCAAGUUCGGGGAUUCCACGUGGCUAAACGACAGGCUGAGUUGGUUCUUUGCUGGUACGAGAGCGCCUUGGUUGCCACGUCAGCAUGGAGGUGUUAGAUAUGAAAUUAGCCUAGCUGGAUUUAGAAUUUCGGUAUUUUACAUGGUUUUUCUAUUUUGGGUAAUUAAAAUUCAGUUGUAGUAAAUUAAUUAUCGCAAGUAAAAAAAAGCCGCGAGAAUGGAGAGUGCCUUUAGGCCUGCCUAGUUUCCUCAUAUCAUAUAACGUUAUAAUAAUCCAUUUCCAUGUAAUGCUUGUACCAAAAACUCAUGUAUCCAAGGGGUAAAUUCUGUUCA